AUGUUAUUGUUUUGUAGGACCCAGUGCCCUGUUGGACAUGAACCUGUGGAUUUAAGUGAUUCAAUAGAUUGUCCGGCUGUUGAAGAUGUUUUAUCAGAAAAUGACAGCUCAUCACUUUGGCUGAUCAAAUUACCACAUGAUGUAAGUUAUGCGUAGCAUAGCAUAUUUUUAAGUGUGUUACACUUUUUUUGAUUGUAAAUAACAAAAGAGACAUCAAGCAGAUGAGGGAAAAUUAGAUGCUAGCUAGUCACUGCAGUCUAAGGGCAUCAAGGGUACCUAUGUGACCUUUGAAAUGAAAACCACUUGAAAAUAUAUUUUUGUCAAAUUAUCAACAAUACUGAUCUUGCUUGUUUAGGGGUAUAGAAUGGUAAAUUUGAGACUUUGCGAGACUGUGAGACCCUGGUUUCAAAAUUGGAGAUCAAGGCUUAAGCGUUUUUAUCAAUUCCAAGCCCAAGACUUUACUUCUAAGAAAUCUGAGCGCAAGACUCUAAUUUUGAGAUAAUGAAAUGAAAUGACCAAAAACUAGCAGAAGCCCACCAAUAUUCUGCCUUGUCUUGUUUUACUGUCUUAAUCUAUUAUUUCAGUUUGAUAAGCUGUGCCCAUGAACUCUGAAAAUUCGACUCCUGAAGGCCAAAUGGAAAGAAAAAAUGACAAAUCGAGGACUUCGAGACCCAUCAGCAAAAAAAUCAGAGACUUUGUGAAGAAAAAUCACCCAAAAAUGAGACUUCUAGACCCAUAAAAAAACGCCUGCAAGAUUUCGAGAUCGGGCCAAAAUUUUGCAAGACCCAUGCUUCUCAAGGUACCAUUCUAUACCCCUUUGUUUGAACUGUUUAAUUGAAGAGAGUCUCUUUCAAAGUGGGGUGGAUUUGAAAGAUUUUGUAGCGUUGAAAAUUAUAUUAAGAAAGCCAUCUUAUUCUACUUUAUUUAUUUAUAUUUACUGAUUUAUUUUAUUUGUUUAUUUGUUUGCUUUUAUUCAGUUUGAUGUCUCAAGUUUGUCUGGCCAGAAUGUUAUUUUAAAUGGCUCACAAGAUUUGCUCUAUGUUAGUGAAAAGGUAAAUAACAUUUUGCCUCCAAUAAACACCUUGGUUAAUGUCAGGUUAGAAAAUGUUUCUUUCCAAAAUAGUACUUCUCAUUCUUUGAACUCUUUGUGGGUUUGGUAUUAUGAAGUGAAAUUUGCUGAUGAUCACUGCUUUUAUAAGCCUUUAUGGAUAAAAAAUAAUGUUGUCCUUGUAUUUCUUUUUUUUUUUAAUUUAUAGAAUAAAGACAAGAGAUAUGAAAUCCAGUCAAAGGAAGAUUCUGGUGCUGAGGUAUGUACUAUGAUCCACUUUUCAUCAAUCCUUCCUGCAACUGCUAUAAAAUUACUUAUAUAUUCCAGCACUUUGCUAUGAGGUCAAUUUAUAGCUGUACUAUCCCUAAUUUAGAUGGAUACCAUGUUCCCCUUUCUUCUGAAAUUUUGAAAUAUACCAGUCAAUUAUAAGCCCUCUGGUGAUUAUUAGCAGUGGAAACAGGCCAGAAGGGCUACCCUUAAGCUUUGGACUGGAUGAGUGACCCUCCUCCCCCCUCCCCCACCCAAAUGUCUUGAGAUCCAUUUUGGCCACCGGUCAUUAGCAAGGGUGGCACAGUGGUGAGAGCACUCGCCUCCCACCAAUGUGGCCUGGGUUUCGAUUCCUGGCGUCAACGCCAUGUGUGGGUUUAGUUUGUUGUUGGUUCCCUGCCUUGCUCUGAGAGGUUUUUCUCCGGGUACUCCAGUUUUCCCCUCUCCUUAAAAGCCAACACUUCCAAAUUCCAAUUCGAUCUGGAAAUAUGCACAGACACGUUUCAGUGAGUUCUUAUAAACUCCAUAGUGCUCCAUGAGUAAACAAAUUACAAUGUGCAAUUUAUUAUUAUUAUUAUUAUUAAUUUCAUUUACUUACAGUAUAUACUGGGUUUUUUAAAAAUUCUUUUUAGUUAUCUUCUUUCUCUGUUGUUCUUCCAUCAUCACGGAAAAAGUCACUGCGUGCUGGUAAGAAUAUAAAUGACUGACACUUAACAGACAUUACAAUAAUACAAUAACAAAAUCAAUAAUGCUGUUACUACAAAAAUUCUGCUGAACAGGUUUCAUUUGAAUGGUUAUCCUAUAAAUCCUUUUUUGAGCAUUGACAGUAAAAUUUUAGGCCGUUUGAGGGGACCUUCUAAUAGGUAAGUACCACACGGAGGUAUAGCUGAAGAGGUUUCAUUUAAGUGGUAUUAAUAACCUCAUAUGAUUUCAUCCACAGACUCAAAAGUUAGAAAUACAGACUAAAUUAAUGGUACCACUAGAAAGUAAUGCCAUUGUCCACAGUCUCAAAAGUUAGUUCAUAUUUGAUUUGGAAACUCUGAGGGGAAGGUUGCACUCCUAGGCAUUCCAUCUUUGUGAGCCAUUUGUUGCAAAUUUACGAGUUCAUGUCACCUCUCCUUUCUGUUUUCAGUCAGCACACUGCAUGGCCAGAUGAGUGUUAUUCAGUCAGUGUGUGUGCCACCAUCCACCCUGCCUGAUGACUCACUGACUGUCCAAAGACAGACACACAAUGAAUAUAUCAAGAAGUGGAAACCAUUUGGAUAUAGUAUGUGUUUAGAAUUUGUAUAUGUUCGUAGAUAAAUUUUGUACCAAAUGAACUGCAUGUAACUCGCAUGUGCCAUAUGAUUAGAAAAUGGUGUAAAUAGAAAAUCGAUGAAUGAAGGGGUUACUAGUUUCUAUAGAAACUGUGGUUUGUGUUGGUGGUUUAGUCAAAUGAAAAGAUCUGGUGUUGUCAACAUAGUUGAUUGGCCACUGUAGCCUGUGAACAGGCUCUCUGUUUGGGGGAAAAAGUAGCAAGGAAAGGGAAGUUCCCCGCUCGACCAAACGCCUGUUCACAGGCUAGGCCACUGAAGCUGUCAUCUCAAGCGCUGGCCCUUCGUUAGAGCAAAAAUCUUAACUAAAGGUGAGAAGGUUCUUAUUUAAUGGGUCCAUGAUAUACGUUGUGUAUGCUCCACUGUAGAAAAGAGAGGGAGACUGAGUCGAGUUAACUUUCGCAAAGACUUCUGGGAUUGUUACUAGGGACAAGAAAAAAAUUGGCCAAUAGCUGACAGGCAUGCCCCCUGUAACUAUCCCAGAAACAAUUGCGAGACGCAUUUCGGCUUCAGUUCUCUUCUCGUUUCUAAAGUGGGAAAUUGCUUGUUACUAGGGAAACCCCCGCAAAAGCUGGAAGGAAAGAUAGUUAAAAAAUCAUCAGAGCAUCUUGAAGGUGGUACUCCGGGAGUGCGAAAAAAGCACAAAGACAAAAGAUCGUCAAAUUUGGAAAGAACUGCAGUGGUGGAAAAUGAAUUGGAGGAAAAAAGGAAACGUGAUUCUCCAAAAACGAAGAAAAAAGACAAGGAGAGACAAGAGAUUGAUUUGUCGCGAGUGAAAACUGAACCAGGUCUGGACAAAACGAGAAAACGCAAAGGGGAUGAAAAAGGUGAAAGCGACGACGAUGGAUGUGGACUUGUACCGGCAAAACAAAAGAGAGAGAAAAAUAGGGAAAGCUUUGUGGGUGAUGUAAUGGUGAAACGAGAAAGGGACCAGAGCGAUGAUGUGUUUGAAGGUGAUAAUGACUUUGAUUUAGCACGUGUGAAACGUGAACCCGGAGAAACACCCAAAAAAGCGAAAAAGCGAAAGAAACACAAAGCGGACUAG